GCGCUGCUGUCAACAGCAGUGACCCGUCGCUCGGCCAGCCCUUGGCGCCGCACCACAGAGCUUACCGUAUGGACCCACUCCAGGCGCACGCUGCGGACGGCGGGCAGCACAUGGGCGUUCCUGUUUACAGCCGGCAGCAGCAGCAGCAACAGCAGCACCACGCAUCGCCUUCUAGGUACGGAGGAGUCACAGGUGCAGCCUGUGCAGCAGCAGGUGCGGCCCCAACUCUACUCCAGCAGCACCCGCAACAAGCUUAUCUGCCUCCCUACAGGCAGCCGCAGCAGGUGCAGCAGCACCCCUACGCGCACAACCCUUACGGGCUGCAGCAGCCCUUCUUGGAUGCUUCUCGCCUUCCCCGGCAGCAGCACAUGCCUCUUGCUGCUGUUGGGGGGGCGGCGCCCCUGCAGCAGCUGCAGCAGCUGCAGCAGCUGCAGCAGCUGCAUCUCGGCGCGGCUGCGGCGCCGCAGCAGGCACAUGCACAGGCAGCAGGGUACAGGGCCCCGCAUGCUGCAGCGCUGCUGCAGCAGCAGCUGCGAAUCCCCCCAGUGCACGGGGGCAGCGCCGGAGGCCACCAGAAUAUGUUUGGGUCUUAUGCGGGUAGAUGA